UCCGCACUGGCAUUGGCGCCAGCCUGUUCACAGCUGUACUCCAACCCCAUUUUUCUCUUAUCAACUAAUCCUCUCAUUUUUUUUUUCCUUUUCAUUAUAAUUAAUUAAUGGAAUUUCUCUUCAAAAAUAGAAAGAGAGAGAGAUCAUAAAGGGAAAGGGAAAUAUCUAGAUUUACAGAUUUAUAGAAACUUCAGACACACAUAUUUGCUCUAACGAAAACCUGGUUAAGAAGUUUAUUUCAUAGGAGAAGAAGACGAAGGCACUGUUAAGUCUGUUACGGUUGUGGUAAUGGCAGUUUCGCUGGUUGCCAGCUUCCACGUCUCGCGCGCAUUCCGACGCUCUCUUUCUUCUUCAUCUUCAUCUUCAUCUUCUUCGUUGGUUUUCGAUAAGUCGGAGGAUUCUUCCUCUACUUUGCUCUCAGUCACGUUUUCUUGAGGGUUUUGCCUUUUCGCGUUACUUCAGUUUCCUCUUUCUCUCUCUUGGGUAAAAGUCUUGCAGAGGAGAGAGAAGAAGCAGCCAUGGAUCCGUGCCCAUUUGUGCGUCUCACGGUGGGCAAUCUAGCCCUAAAGAUUCCCGUCGCUUCAAAGCCGGCUCGUUCGGUGGUUCACCCGUCGUCGUCUCCGUGUUUCUGCAAAGUCAAGCUCAAGAACUUCCCUCUCCAGACCGCCGUGGUCCCCUUCAUCCCGCCGGAGAACCAGUUCCCAGACGGACAAACUCACACCGUCGCGGCGACCUUCCACCUGAGCAAGUCCGAUCUCGACAGAAUCUCCGGGAAGACUAUCUUCUCCGGCAGGCUAUGCCUCCGAAUCGCGAUCUACACCGGCCGGAGGGGCACCACAUGCGGCGUCAACUCCGGGAGGCUCCUUGGCAAGGUUUCCGUGCCGUUGGAGCUCGCCGGCACCGAAGCCAAGUCCACAGUCUUCCACAAUGGCUGGAUUUCCGUCGGAAAAGAGGCCAAAGGCUCGUCCGCUCACUUCCACUUGAAUGUUAGGGCAGAGCCCGAUCCCAGAUUCGUCUUCCAGUUCGACGGCGAGCCUGAGUGUAGCCCUCAGGUGUUCCAGAUUCAAGGCAAUAUCAGACAACCCGUCUUCACCUGCAAGUUCAGCUUCCGAAACACCGGUGACCGGAAUCAAAGAUCCAGAUCGCUACAGUCCGAGCCAAGCAGCUCCAGAAGCUGGUUGGGCUCGUUCGGGAGCGAGCGGGAGCGGCCAAUCAAAGAGCGGAAAGGCUGGUCCAUUACUGUUCACGACCUCUCCGGUUCACCGGUCGCCGCCGCCUCGAUGGUGACCCCGUUCGUGGCCUCGCCUGGUUCGGACCGGGUCAGCCGGUCUAACCCGGGGUCCUGGCUGAUCCUCCGCCCCGCCGAGGGGACCUGGAAGCCGUGGGGGCGGCUUGAGGCGUGGCGCGAGCGCGGUGGCUCCGACGGACUCGGCUACCGCUUCGAGCUCGUUCCGGACGCCGGCGGUGGCGUCAGUGCCGCCGGGAUCGUGUUGUCGGAAUCGACGCUGAACUCGCAGAAGGGCGGGAAGUUCGUGAUCGACCUAGGCUCGAGCCGAGCCGGAGGGUCGGGGUCGCCAGCGUGCAGUCCGAGGAGCAGUGGGGACUUUGGAUACGGGCUGUGGCCGUACUGUGCGUACAGAGGGUUCGUGAUGUCGGCGAAGGUGGAGGGGGAGGGUCGGUGCAGCAAGCCGACGGUGGAGAUGAGCGUGCAGCACGUGGGAUGCACGGAGGACGCGGCGGCGUUCGUGGCGUUGGCGGCGGCGAUUGACUUAAGCAUGGACGCUUGCAGGCUCUUCUCGCACCGUCUCAGGAAGGAGCUUUGCCACCAACAGGAUUUGCUCGGCUGAAUUUACUUUUUUCUUUUUUUUUUUUCUUGUCUUAAUUUUUACCUUAUUUUUGGUGAAAUUGAAUUCUUGAAAUGUUUAUUUUUUCUUCUUUCUUUUUUUUUUUUGGGGGGGAGGGGUCGAUGGAUUUUUGACUCCAUCGUUGUGAGCGAGCGAGUUGUUUUCGUUUUUACUACUAACAACAAAAAACACUCAUCUAGAGUCUGUACAGUGAGAGAAACUUAGUUAGACAGGGCACGCUUUGUUUUUUUUUACUUGUGUGGCUUGUGUUAGUUUUUUUCCCCCCUCUUUUGGAAUUUUAUUGUAUGAACACAAAUCGCUUUUGAGAUA